GGCACGGCGCGGGGUGCGCUCCGGAAGCAGCUCCAUAGCGGUCUGGGCAGUACGGUGGUGGUGGGAUUUCAUCGGCGCCAUGGUGGAGGAAGUCCAGAAGCAUUCUGUGCAUACACUUGUAUUCAGAUCUUUGAAGAGAACCCAUGAUAUGUUUGUAGCUGAUAAUGCCAAGCCUAUCCCAUUAGAUGAAGAAAGUCACAAAGUAAAGAUGGCAGUCAAGCUGCGUACAGAGUAUGGCUCAGUGUUACACAUGCCCACUCUUAAAGAAAACUUGAGAGAGAAAGGAGGCCCAAACACUGGAGAUCCUUAUGGACACAAGCAGUAUUCUGGAAAUCAAGGACAAGAACUUGAGUAUUUGAUAACUGGCACACAUCCAUACCCACCUGGGCCUGGUGUGGCUCUGACAGCAGAUACUAAGGUCCAGAGGAUGCCUAGCGAGUCUGCAGCACAGUCCUUAGCUGUUGCACUUCCUGCUUCUCAGGCCAGGAUGGAUGCAAAUCGAACAGCUGCUGGUGUAGGUGACAUUUACAGACAUGCUGGAAUACCUGAACGUUCACAGCCUCCUGGGAUGUCUGUGGCUAUGGUGGAAGCUGGUGGAAACAAAAACUCUGCAUUAAUGGCAAAGAAGGCUCCAACUAUGCCCAAACCUCAGUGGCAUCCACCUUGGAAACUGUACAGAGUUAUCAGUGGUCACCUGGGCUGGGUAAGAUGUAUUGCAGUAGAACCAGGAAAUCAGUGGUUUGUUACUGGCUCUGCUGACAGAACCAUUAAGAUUUGGGACCUUGCUAGUGGCAAAUUGAAAUUGUCUUUGACGGGACACAUCAGUACUGUACGAGGGGUGAUAGUAAGUGCAAGAAGCCCAUACCUCUUUUCUUGUGGAGAAGACAAACAAGUGAAAUGCUGGGAUCUUGAAUACAAUAAGGUUAUCAGGCAUUACCAUGGUCAUCUAAGUGCUGUCUAUGGUUUAGACUUGCAUCCAACGAUAGAUGUACUGGUAACGUGUAGCAGAGAUUCUACAGCACGAAUCUGGGAUGUAAGGACAAAAGCCAGUGUGCACACGCUAUCAGGACACACGAAUGCAGUAGCAACAGUGAAAUGUCAAGCUGCAGAACCACAAAUUAUUACAGGCAGUCACGAUACUACCAUACGGCUCUGGGAUUUAGUGGCAGGAAAAACUCGUGUUACCUUAACAAAUCACAAGAAGUCUGUACGAGCGGUAGUCCUUCAUCCAAGACAUUACACAUUUGCAUCUGGUUCUCCAGAUAAUAUUAAGCAGUGGAAAUUCCCAGAUGGAAACUUCAUUCAGAACCUCUCUGGUCACAAUGCUAUUAUCAAUACAUUGGCUGUCAAUUCCGAUGGUGUUCUGGUCUCAGGAGCUGAUAAUGGUACUAUGCAUCUUUGGGACUGGAGAACUGGAUACAAUUUCCAGAGGGUGCAUGCAGCUGUACAGCCAGGUUCUUUGGACAGUGAAUCGGGAAUAUUUGCCUGCGUUUUUGACCAGUCAGAAAGCAGAUUGCUCACUGCUGAAGCUGAUAAAACCAUAAAAGUGUACAAAGAAGACGAUACUGCGACUGAAGAAACUCAUCCUGUCAGCUGGAAACCAGAAAUUAUCAAGAGGAAGAGAUUUUAGUGCAGCAGCGUAUCUAAGCUGUAAUUUUGGUUUGGUUUUCCUGAGAGCAUUCAAUCACAUUUUACUCUGCUUAAAGCAGCAGAGCAGGAAGUCAGCUACUUCAACAUGUUUUAUAAUAAACUUUAUUUCUCUUUCCUUUUGUCUUUUUUUGGUGUGAUCCCAGCCAAGCAGUUGCAGCUGUUAACUUUCACUUUGUGGAGCAUGUAUAGUUCAUGGAAAGGAAAGCUGUGCAGGUGUUUACUUUUUUAAAUGAAUCUAUUGAGUGUAAGUCUAAAAAUGUUUUAAUGAGCCAGGUUUUCUGAAAGACCCUUGCAUGACUCUGAAAGUUAAUUGCAAAUUUAUGCAUAGAAAGCCAUCUGCUGGAAAUUUCUUGAGCAACACUUUCAGAUUUUAGGCAGUAUUGUUUACUGUACAUACGUUAAGCGUAUACUGUAAUGGAGCAGUCUGUAUACUGAAUUAGAGUAAUGAAGAAAGAAGCAGGACAAUAAUAAUUAUGUAGUUUGCUUUAUAAAUAUGGCCACUGAGCGUUGCCAGUGCUGUGUUGUUGAAUGAACUGGAUCUUCAGAGUGCUUAUUUCCCUAAGGAAGCAUUUGUAAGCAGCUACUCAUCUUCAUUCACUUAAUUUCAGAGUGGACCUUCUAUAGCAAGGAUCACUGUCAAAUCACAUUGUCCACAGUCAUUACAGGAUUAGGACUAGUUAACUUUUUCUAAAUCACCUUUUUUUUCCCCCCAGUAAUUCAAAGCAUAUAAUGUCAUUGGAGUACAGCAAACUUUUAUGACUGAGUUCUAAGAGGAAAAGCUCAUUACAGCCUUAAUUUUACAUGUUGCUAUCUCCCCAUGAUCUUAUAAAGGAAUUUAAAAGGAAUGGUACUGAAAGAUCAUUGAAGGGACAAAUCUUUCAUUGCAUUUACAGUCACAUAACAAGCAGUAAACAUGUAAGCCUCCUUGCUACAGCUUACCUGUGGUGUCUGCUGCUCUAAAGCACUUACUUUUCACAGAGAAGCAUCAUCAAGCCAUUCAGUUGUUGGCAACUUUGUUAGUGGUGCUAAUAGCUGCAAGUUUUAUGCUGGGUAGGUCUGGAGAAUUGUCCUGUGGCUACAGCAUUGAUAGCAGGUAGUUCGAAAUACUUGUUUCUGUUCUCUGCUGAUCUGAAUUCUUUCAAAUCUGGGAUUUGUGUUUGAGAAAUGACAGUUAACUUGCAUUGUAGUUUUCAAAAGCUAGUAAAACUAGGUGAUGUUUCUAUUAGGAUCAUUUUUGUCUUGUCUUUCGUGAUGCACAGGA